AUGUCUGCUCCCGGCUCCGAAGCAGGAUCGCAGAUGGGGGCGAAAGAUGGAUUUAUACCACUAAUUGCCGUUGUGGACUUCCACCACGCCAGGGGCCCCGAGGUAGAAAAGUGGUUUGGCGUGCCUGAGGGAGCAGAUCCCGCCGCUGACUACGACUGGGGCCUGCUUCCCUUCAUGGCCCUGAGCGAUGGCGCUCAUGCUUCUACCGAGGACUUUUCCUAUUUUACAUUGUUGCGACCGGCUGUUGGCGAUUCUCCUGCGACCUCCCUCUUUGGUAUAUCAUGCACAAGACAGAUGGACGCAUCACAGCUCUUGAACCGGCCACCCGAAGUCACUCGAUCGACCGUUCAAAAAGCUGUUGUAGUCAUCGCCGAUAGUCCACAGUACUUCGGCAUGCUAAGAGAGCGAUUGUCCAUGGUAACCAGUGCCUGGUUUGCGCAACGCGAGUUUACCGACUGUGAGAUCCUUCAAGGCUUUCAAGAGAGUCUCAAGGAAGAAAAGGAACGCGGCCAGCUAAACGAGGAAGAGGAUCGGGAUCAAUACCUGGGCAUGAGUUUGCGCGAGCUAGUCCGUGAGUUUAAGUGGCAGACACUCGUCUUACUGAAAUGCUGUUUGUUGCAGCCCAAGAUGCUAUUCUUUGGGUCGCGAUGCGAAAGAUUGUGCAUGAUGCAAUUUUCUCUGAUAUCUCUGAUACCCGGUCUUUUGAGGAACUUGCAGGAUUGUGCCGGCCCAGAGCUGGCAGAGUAUGAAAAGCGACUGAGUAAACCUACCAGCUUGAGGACCAGCGAUCGAAACUCUUUACUUUCGUACAUGGGGUUACCCCUGCAAAUAUUUGGAAAGGGUAGCUUGUUUGGUCCAUACACGCCACUGCAGCAGCUCGACAUACUUGCGGACUUUGGCACCAAGUCCUACAUUGUGGGCAGUACCAAUUCACUCCUUUUGCAGCAAAAAGAUCGAUACAGCGACAUUCUCAUCAACCUGGACGACGACACUAUAAAUAUUACGUCUAGUUCGCUGCGCAGUGCGCUGUCCCUGUCUGCCAGCGACCGACGCUGGAUAGAUUUCAUCACGCAGGAGGUCAACGAUACCUGGGACGAGAAAAACCCUGGCCGGCCCAACCACAUGGGCUAUCGUGGCAGUGAAGAGUUUAUCCGCUUGCAGUUUGAAGAAUAUCUGUUAGCGCUCAUAUCAUCAGUCAAAUAUCACAGCUACUUGAAACAAAAUGGCAACAAUCCAAAGCUGAUGUUGCCACAUGUCGAAGGCGACCCGUCGAUAGAUUUUGGCACAGAGUGGGUCGAUUACUGGUCCAAAACAGAGAAUUAUCGGAUAUGGAACGCGCAUACAGACUCUCUUUUAUUCGACAUCAUUGAACCCAAACACCCAUGUGCGGGCGGGUUGACCGUCGAUGACGUUCAACGACGCAUCCAACAGCAAGUGCAGGAUUUACACCUGGAUGAACGGUUUGCUGCUGGAAAGGAGAUCGUGGGCCGGAACGCUGCAGCCGCACGUGAGAAAGCCAGCACCAUGUUCAAUAAGUUCUAUGCCGACAUGGAGGCCAUGCGUGAGGCACAACGCAAGCGUGCAGAGGAAUCUCGAGCCGUACCCACAGGCACACAGAAAAACGACACCAGUGUGCCUAACGUGGACGCGACGAAAGCACAGCAGACCACAAACUCGGUCGGCGCAAAGGCUGGGGCCUACAUUGGCUCAUGGGCUUCUUGGGCUGGCGAGAAGCGCAAACAGGGCUGGGGCAGCAGGUCCACCAGUGGUACAAGCGGUACUAGCACUGGCGGUGGAUGGGGUUUCGGUGGCAGAAAAUCAAGGAUAAUAGAUUCUGGCAGUGAGAGGAAUGGCAGCCCACUCACUAGCCCUCGCAUGAGUUCGUCGGGGUUUUCUGCUGACGAAAGGUAUCAGACAUUGAAUUCAAAAGGCUCAAAAGAGGCAGGCCUGGACGAUAGACCUGCUUCGCAUCACAGUUUCAGCGAAGAUAUUCUAGAUGCCGCGGGUUCAGACAUCUCGUCAAGCCCCACCAGCCCGCGCAAGCCUAAGCUUGAGCACACUGCAUCACCAGCACACAUCUCGACAGAAGCGAAGCCUCUCUCGGGCUCGAAAGGCAUAGAUGAAGUUGUAUCAGCCGAGUCUAUCGCAAUCGGCGAUGUGACAAAGGUGACGAAUUCCACAAAGACAGAAGCUCAGGCGUCAUAA